AUGUCGGGGGCAGCUAGAGUGAAUGAACUGUAUGUUGACGAUCCAGAUAAGGACAGUGGAGGCAAAAUAGAUGUCAGUUUGAACAUCAGUUUGCCAAAUUUACACUGUGAAUUGGUAGGACUGGACAUCCAGGAUGAGAUGGGAAGACAUGAAGUCGGGCAUAUUGACAAUUCGAUGAAAAUCCCUCUGAAUAAUGGUGAAGGCUGCCGGUUCGAGGGCCAGUUCAGCAUCAACAAGGUCCCUGGCAACUUCCAUGUAUCAACACACAGUGCCACUGCACAGCCCCAGAAUCCAGACAUGACUCAUGUCAUCCACAAGCUGUCCUUUGGAGACACGCUGCAGGUUCAGAACAUUCACGGAGCAUUCAACGCUCUAGGAGGAGCUGACAAACUCACUUCUAACCCCCUUGCAUCCCAUGAUUACAUCUUGAAGAUCGUCCCCACAGUGUAUGAAGAUAAGAGUGGAAAGCAGCGGUACUCAUACCAAUAUACGGUCGCCAAUAAGGAGAAAGGAUUUGAGGGGGAGGUUCAGAUGAUCUUCUCUAGAUGUGAUGGCUAUAUGGAGAAAGGUCAGUGGGAAUAUGCCAGGUGGACCACCGUCAACAUUUUAACCUCUCAGAUCGAUGUGUCCUAA